AAAAUAUUAAAGUUUUGGUCCUCCUUUUUCCAAGUUUUAAAAUUUUCUAUUUCCCCGUUUUUUCCAUUUUUGCGAAAAUUGAAAUCAUAUUUGCUUAUUAAUCCUCUGUCUAUUUCUUUCCUCUCCCACCUAUAUAUCCUACUCUCAUAUAAAAGAACAACUCUUAGCUUAAAAAUAAUUAACUGUUCACAUAAACCUUUUAUUACUUGGUUUCUUCGCACCUAAACUCUCUCACAAUAUCUCUCAAAUAUUUUUCAAAAAUAUAUUCUCACCUGAAACAAUAAUGAUGUCCACAAAGAGCAAUGACCAAGAAGAAGAAAGAAGAGAAUUUGAUGAAACAAAAUUAGGAGUUAAGGGACUUGUUGAUGCUGGUGUUACAACCAUUCCUUCCAUCUUCAUUAACCCAAUUUCUAAACAACCUUCACCUCAAACAACUAAUAUCGUUGGUGUUGAUGGUGGUUUUAAUUUACCAAUUAUUAAUCUUCACACUAACAAAAAUAAUAUAGGUCAUUGCAAUUGGAAGAAGGUUGUUGAGGAUAUUAGAGAAGCCUCGGAGACAUGGGGGUUUUUCCAAGUGAUAAAUCAUGGAAUUCCAGACAUGGUUUUGGAAGAGACAUUGAAAGGAGUGAAAGAGUUUUUUGAGCUAGAUAAUCAAGUGAAAAAACAUUAUUAUUCAAGAGACUUUGGAAAUGAUAAGUUUGCUUAUCAUAGCAAUGCUGAUCUUUAUACUUCAGAUGUAGUUAGUUGGAGGGACAAUUUUCUUUGUUAUAUGUCCCCUAAUCCUCCUAGUCCGGAUCAAUUGCCUCCUCCUUGCAGGGAGAUAUUAAUAGAGUAUUCAAAGCAAGUGAAGAAGGUGGGCAAAAUUUUGUUCGAGCUACUAUCAGAGGCACUAGGAUUGCAACAAUCCCAGCUAGAUUGUCCAGAUGGGCUAAUUGUUUUAGGUCAUUAUUAUCCAGCUUGUCCACAACCCGAAUUAACAAUCGGCACCCCAGAACAUGCUGAUGGUUCCUUCAUAACUAUUUUGUUGCAAGACCAAGUUGGUGGUCUCCAAGUUCUUCAUCAGGACUACUGGGUUGAUGUUCCUUAUACUCCAGGGGCUAUAAUCGUUAAUGUCGGGAACGCUUUACAGAUGUUAUCAAACGGCAAGUUCAAAAGUGUGAAACAUAGAGUACUUUCUAAGCUUAUAGGACCAAGAAUAUCCAUUGCAUCAUUUUUCAGCAAAUUUUAUCUAGAGGAAACCAAAAAGUUCGGACCUAUCAAAGAAUUACUUUCUGAUGAAAAUCCUCCAAAGUAUCGUGAGAUCACAAUGAAAGAGUGGUAUUCUGUCUAUAACAUGGAAAAACGAGUUGAUGAAACCCUUAACCUCCAAUAUUUCAAGAUUUGAUUUUCAUUGAAGUUCAUGUAUGUCUUACAAUUGAUGUUACUCUUUUGGUUAAAAAUUAAGGGCCAUGCAUUAUGGUUCGAACUCGUUUAAGUUUGUUUUCAGACAAUUAUACGGUGUUAUGUUUCACCAAAUUACUUUAUAU